GCCCCGCAGGCCGUGACCGCCCCGCACUGUUGAAGUUUGAACACCGCGGGCCCGGCGCCGAGCAGCCUAUCAGAACCCGCCGGCUCCGGGCGCGCCUGGCAACCGCGCGCCAGGCCCCGCCCCCCGCCCCCAUUGGCCCAUUCAAUUCACGCCGGGCACCAAUGGGCGGCGGCGGCGGCGCGGCCUAAAGCCGGCUGGAGCGGCCGGAGGCAGCGGAGGCGCUGCGACCGGAGGUGUCCCGCGAACCGCCAUGAGCGCCCCGGCCGUGCCCCCGGGCCUGCAGCUGCCCCCGACGCGGAGGACCCAGUCCGCCUUCAGAGAACAAAGAAGCCAAAAACUCAAAGAACAUCUGUUAAAAAGAAAAACAUUGCUUGUGUACAAACAGGAAACUCAGGCAUUUUCCAGCAGUAAUGGCCAGAGGGUGAUGACAUCUGAGGGUUCAGUCCACGCAGAGACAAAAAUUCUGAAAACUAAAACAAACAUGGUUGAUAAAGAAAAUGUUAGUAGACCUACAGGGAGCAGAAAUAAUAUAACAGUGGAAAAAAAUUGUGUCCCUUUAAAACCCUCUAAUGAAUUGGCCAGUUCAACUAUAGCAAAUGAUUCCCAUGAUUCUGAGGAUAGCAGUCACACUCUACAGUUGUUACCAGUUAAAGAUGACCCCCAACGUCAACACUUGACAUUAAGCCAAGCAUAUCACCUUAAAAACAAUAAUAAAAAGAAACAAGUGGUGACAGAAAAACCAAAGCAAGAUACUGAUGUGCCCAAGAAGCCUAUGCUGGGGUCUUAUCGUGGCCAAAUUGUUCAGUCUAAGGUUAAUUCAUUUAGAAAACCUCUACAAGUCAAAGACAAGAGCUUGGCAACAGCAAAGAAACAUGCACCUGCUGUCUCCAAAGCCGCCAUGCCUCAGCCUGGGAACACCAACAGGGUCAUGGGGAGAAACAAGAGCGCCUCAGACAUGACAGCUGCCCCCAGAUGUGUGAGCACUGUACCUCAGGACAGAGAGCUCACGCGACCCCCUAUCAGAAGUCACCACAACUCCCAGGGAGCCGUGAAUCCAGGCCCCAAGAGAACCUCUGCCAGUGUGCCAGUUCAGAAAGGGCCUUGUGGAAAAGAGUGGCUACAAUUAAAUGCAGUCUCAUCUGGUGUCAAAACCAGUUCUACUCAGGACGUAAAGAGAAAUAAGACACUGUCAAGAAGCACAACUUUGGAAAUUGUAGCCAGGCCUGCUUCAUCUUCUAAUACCAAACUGACAGAAAAGUCAAAAUCCACUGACCAGCACGGACACACUACCACAAAAGUGACCUUCAAUGUGGGACCGGCUAGGUUCAGAGAGACAGCAGAAGAGAGAAAAGCUCGUCUGAGUGAGUGGAGGGCUGUCAAAGGAAGGGUGCGGGCAAGGCCUCCCGCCUCGGGAGUCACCCAGCCUGAGCCCGGAGGGCAGGAGGAAAAGCCGGUCGGGUCCUUCUGGACUACCAUGGCAGAGGAAGACGAGCAAAGAUUAUUUACUGAGAAAGUAAACAAGACAUUCUCUGAAUACAUAAACCUCAUUAAUGAGGGAUGCUCAAAAGAAGAAAUACUGCUCACACUGAAUGACCUGAUUAAAAAUAUUCCAGAUGCCAAAAAGCUUGUGAAAUAUUGGAUAUGCCUUGCACGGAUUGAACCCCUCACAAGUCCUAUUGAAAAUAUUAUCGCAAUCUAUGAGAGUGCCAUUCUGGCAGGAGCUCAGCCUAUUGAAGAAAUGCGACAUGCGAUUGUAGAUAUUCUAACAAUGAAAAGUCAAGAAAAAAUUAAAUCUGGAGAAAAUACAGAGGUUUGUGCAGCCAAGGAACAAAUCCCAGAAGUUAAACCUGAAGGUACAGGUAUCAAUGUAGAGUCGGAAAAACUGGACGUGGAAAAUACACAUCACAGAAAUGUGGCAUUUCAAGACUGUGAAAAAGAGCAAGAUGACAGAACAAAAGAUCCAAGCAAUGUUAAAACUCCCAAUACAGAAAUCAGGGCAAGUUGCCUAAUUAAGUAUAACGUGUCUACUGCACCAUGCUUGCAAAGUAUAAAAAAGAAAAUACAGUCUGAUGAAACAAAUUCUACAUUUAAAGAGCUGAAGUUUCUAACACCAGUUAGACGUUCUCAGCGUAUUCAAGACAAGACGUCUCAAUUGCCAGAUAUGUUGAAAGACCAUUAUCCUUGUGUGUCUUCACUGGAGCAGUUAACUGAGUUGGGAAGCAAAACCGACGCCUUUGUGUGCCGCCCUAACGCAGCACUGUGCAGGAUGUACUCGGAGACUGAGACAACAGAGGACAAAUAAGCUCUGACGGGGUCAGCGCUUCUGUAAUCCGGGGCAUUAGAGCCUUGUGGCGUUGCAUGUCUCUCAGGGCAGGCGUGAGCCGGGUGCCUAGGAUCACGGCUGUCAGCGCUUGUACCAGUCACAUGACAGCAGGUGUCACCUUCUGUGCACUGGAAAGCUGAUCCUCCCUUGUGAGCUCAACAGUUGGAGUUUUUCUCUAAGAAGAUAUAUUUUGUCAACUAGUAUACUAUGUUCCUUGAAUAUAAACAAGUUUCAUUGUAGUAUUAGCUUAGCUUGUUCACUUUUACAGUCAUAAAGAAAACUCACAAGUCAUUACAUAAAAGUGUAGUAAUGCUGUAUCAUCAGAAAAUGAGGUGUUCUAGAUAAAAUUGUUAUUUUUGCAUGGACAUGUCUUUAAAAUUUAUGCGUCCUUGCCUUUAAAGAGAAUACUGACUUUUGCCUUUCCUUGAUUCUGGAUCAGGGUGAAAGUCAGCCUUACAAUGUGGAGGGACUCUCUGCAAACGUUAAGAUCAGCUUGUCCCCGCGCCCAGUCCUGGUUCCCCAGGCUGCUGCGGUCUGUCGGGGCCCUUGGACUGCCUGCGGGUCUUCCCGUCACUGCAGGAGAGUCUGCGUCCCAAGUCUUGGCCUCUUUAUUUCUGAUUGUAGCUGAGUCACCUGGUAGGAUAAUUAAUUAAAUAACACCAUUUCUAAGAGAAGAUACUUCGUGGUAAGAAAGAAUAGGUGCCAAACUUAGUGGGUAUUUGAAACUUUAAAUCUGAAUUCCUUUCAUUGGCUCCUUUUGUAACUUGACUAACAAAAUAGUAAAAUUUUAACUUCCAUCACUUUAUCUGAUGAAGUUUAUAGACUGUUAGAAUGGAAUUAGAGAAUAUUCUAUUUUGGUAGCAUUUGUAGACUAACUAAUAGUUAAGCUUGCUUUCUUGCUCUAUAAAAACUCUACUGUUUAAACCACACCCCCUGCAACAUGGGUGUGUACACAGUAAAAGUUCUCUUCUCCCCACACAUAAAUACCACCAAUAAAAUUGUUUCAUAGUCUCUGAACUAAUACUGAAGUGGGGUACGUCCUCUACCAACUCAAGGUAGUCUCAGAGAAGUAACUGAUCAUUGUGAAAGAUUAGUUUUAAAACUGUCUAAGUGUGGUUGAACAGUCACAUAGUCUUAUUUACGUUCAUUCAGUCCAUUUGUAUCAAAGCACCUGUGUUCUAUUUAUUGUCUUCUGUUGUAGAGAGUAGAAUUUUAUUCUUUUUUAAACUGUGCACCUAAUAUGUAUACAAUAAAUUAAAAUAUCUACAUAGUAAUA